UUAAGGUGCAAAGUAACAAUGGAAGUGCAGCCAGCUCUUGACAUAUUUGGCACAGUGCGACAGUGAUACACACUGUCCUCAUGGAACCUGUGGACAUCCUGGGCCCCAACGCCACCGAGGACCCCAUGAGAACCGACGAUGGCAAUGCCGCCACAUUCACCAUCGGCACCAUCCUCUCCAUCAUGUGCCUCGUGGGCGUGUCCGGCAACAUCUACACCCUGGUCGUCAUGUGUCACUCCAUGCGAUCGGCGGCGUCCAUGUACAUCUAUAUCAUAAACCUCGCAUUGGCCGACCUGCUAUACCUGCUAACCAUACCUUUCGUCGUCUGUACGCACUUUCUUGGAGAUUGGUACUUCGGCAAUGCUGGCUGCAAGAUCCUCAUCAGCAUCGACUUCCUGACCAUGCACGCUAGCAUCUUCACGUUGACGAUCAUGAGCACAGAACGCUACUUCGCCGUGCUGAAACCUCUGGAUACGGUAAAGAGGUCGAAAAGCUACCGGAAGGCGAUAGCGUUGCUGGUGUGGGUGGCGUCGCUUGUGCUGACGCUGCCGACGAUCGUCAGCAUCGAACUCAUGACGGUGGGGAACAAAACCAUGUGCUUGCCUACGCUGUCGCCGAUUUCGUACAAAGUUUACAUCACGCUGCUGUUUUGCACGAGUAUAGUCGCACCAGGGCUCAUCAUUGGCUACCUGUACAUCCAGCUCGCAAGGACCUACUGGAUUUCACAGACGGUGACGUUCAAACAGACCAAGAAGCUUCCCAAUCAAAAGGUGCUGUAUCUGAUCUUCACCAUCGUGCUCCUCUUCUGGGCCUGCUUCCUGCCCUUCUGGGUGUGGCAGCUCCUGUGCCAGUUCCACCCGUCCCUGUCUUUGUCCAACCGCGCCAAACGCAACAUCAACUACCUGACCACGUGCCUGACCUACUCCAACUCCUGCAUCAACCCCUUCCUCUACACGCUGCUCACCAAGAACUACAAGGAGUACCUACGCAAACACAAGCGCACGUGGUCCGCCGGGAGCUACUUCAGCCGCCGGGGACGCUUCCAGAGGUCACCGCGCAGGUCGCCGUCAGCCAGCAGCCAGCAGUGCACCGAGAGCUUCAUGCUGACGCGCACGGCAUCGCUAGGCAUCCACAACAGCAGCCUGUGAGGGAAAUUUCCCGUCUGCGCCCGACCCAUCCUUCACGACCGCCGG